AUGGGAAUCGCUCAAUCGCUUGGCGAUGACACUCCGUUUACCUCUCUCGCUGCCAGUGAAAUUUACUCCUUGGAGAUGAGCAAGACGGAAGCCCUUACGCAGGCUUUCCGCAAGUCGAUCGCUCUCCGAAUUAAGGAAGAGAGCGAGAUCAUCUGCGGAGAAGUCGUGGAGAUUAAGAUUGAGCGCAGCUUGACCGGCACAGGCGACAAGAUCGGAAGCAUCACUCUGAAGACCACAGAUAUGGAGACGGUAUAUGAGCUGGGAACAAAGAUGAUUAACGCGAUUUCAAAAGAAAAGAUCAGUUCAGGCGACGUGAUUACCAUCGAUAAGGCCAAUGGCAAAAUCACGCGUCUUGGCCGCUCCUUCAGUCGCAGCAAGGACUACGACGCCGUAAGCAGCGAUACGAAGUUCGUCCAGUGUCCGGAGGGCGAGUUGCAGCAGCGCAAGGAAGUCGUGCACACGGUUUCGCUGCACGACAUCGACGUGAUCAACUCGCGCCAGCAAGGCUUCCUCGCUCUCUUCGCGGGCGAUACGGGAGAGAUCAAGCCGGAAGUGCGCGAGCAGAUCGACGAGAAGGUGAUGGAGUGGAAGGACAACGGAAAGGCGUCGAUUGUGCCCGGCGUUCUGUUCAUCGACGAAGCCCACAUGCUCGAUAUCGAGUGCUACUCCUUCCUCAACCGCGCGCUGGAGACCAAGAUGGCGCCCAUUUUAAUCCUCGCGACGAACCGCGGAAUCACGACGAUCCGCGGGACGGAGUAUCAGGCUCCGCACGGAAUUCCGCUUGAUUUUCUGGAUCGGUUGCUGAUCAUUGCGACCGAUCCGUACGAAGAGAAGGAAAUCCGGCAGAUCUUGAAGAUCCGUUGCGAGGAGGAGGACGUGGAUAUGAGCGAUGAGGCUCUCGAGCUGCUGACGACGAUUGCUACCAACACCUCGUUGCGAUAUGCCAUGAACAUGAUCAUCACUUCCUCAUUGGCAGCAAGGAAGCGCAAAUCGAAUACGGUGGGAAAAGACGACGUGGGGAAGGUGUUCAAGCUGUUUUCGGAUGUGGGGAGAUCGGUGAAGGUGUUGACGGAGGACAAAGAUAGCUAUUUGUAUAGCAAAGUUCAGUGGUUUGUUUGUUGA